AAAAACGUGUUAAUCUUCCCUUAUUUAAAAUAAACAUUGCACACAUAUGUUAAUACAUAUUUUUCUAACAGUUAGCUUCUCCUCACAACUUUAAAAGUGCCCCUAGGUGGGGGGUCUACAGGUACUGCUAAAAUUGUGUGAACCAGAAAAUGCCCCACUUGUUACAAUUUGAAGAAACAAGAAUGGAUGAAUUGAUAAUGAGGUUUCCGACACUCAGACAGACCUUCCUUGUCACUUAAGCUUCUCAAGCAACUAACGGCCCUCUCAUCCCCUAGGUUAAUCUACAACUGCUGUAGCCAUCCACCCCACAACCUGUUUGCCCUUGCACAAGCAAGCCCAACAGCUAUGAUAUUUCCCAUCAAAAUUACCCAUGUUCUGCAAGACAUAACGUUAUUCUUUCUAAAAAAAAAAAAAAAAUCAGAUAUAAUUGGGUAUACCUCAGUUACUAAAUCACCUAUCUAGCUCUACACAAAAUUUUUCAUUGCUAUUAUUAUUGCUAGCCAAUAUUUUGAAAGUUACUCCUGAAUAAAAUGUUACUUUUAAAGUAUAACCCUGAGAUACAGUGUUUUUGCUGCAAACCAUUCGCCUCGAUUUAGUGCAAAUAAUCUGGACAAGGCCUAAAAUAAUGGGGGGGGGGGGGGGGGGGCAGAGUCCCAACAUUGCUAUUAUACACUUAGAAAAUUGUUGGAAUAACAUGAUUUCUGUUAGCCUGCAUUCUCUGCAGGUUGCUAAGUCUAACUGUAUGUCAUUAUUCAGUGACGUAAAUCCUCGGCGAUUUACCAGAAAACCAUAAAUUUUCAGUGGAACAGGCGAAAAAUAUGAGGCAAAAAUCUGAACAGUUAAGAGGUAUCCGUCUAAGCAUCUCAAGAAUGUUCAGCUCAUGUGUGUUUUCCCCUUGCGUUGUUAGCGCCCUUUUUUUACUGCCACGAAACCGAAUGGUUCUAGUUUUACAAAAGGAAAUGUCAGUUUAAGUCACCUGUUAAACAUUUUUAUAGUUUCAUUCUACUAACGUAUAAAGUUUGAUUUUAUGAUGACAUACUACUCAGUAAGCUUUGAAGACACAUCUGGAUUGUAAAGCAGAAGCAGUCGGUGUCCACUCAUUUAGUAAAGUUCCCGGUAAUGUAAACAGGGCCUUCAUCCUAUUCCUCUACAUUUUAAGGCCAACGGGUAACAUAAUUGUAAUACUGUAAUCUUCAGCUGUGGGGUGAUCACGGCCAUUGCCGCCGCCGGGGUCGUGGAUAUAGGCUCCCCAACAGCAGUCAACCGCGUGCAGGCACCUGCCUGCGUUGCUGUGGCAGCGACGCGUCAACUUGUUACCUCCCUAUUCGGCUGGUAAACGAUAACGACGUACGUAGAUUGGGUUUACACUGGAGUCUGUGAAAUUGUGUUUCGACAUAUGUGAAAGACAGUAAACGGAAACAAGGAAGCCAGCUGUCAGAGUGCUUAGUAUUUGGAGCUGGGGUUCAGCGUAGAGCACAGAGUAGUCUACAGGAGACUAAUAACUUAUUUUAAUGAGUCGGGUUAAGAAAGCUGACAUCUGGCCAGUCUUACUCUAAAUGGUGUUGAAGUCCAAAGACAAGAGGGUUGGAAGUGUUCAGGAACGCUGCGAUCCUCCGUGUGGACUUUUAGGGUGGUUGUGCCGUAUGAAGACAAAACGAUGGCGGUAACCCCUCUGGAGGAAAUUGGAAACAUUUGGACUGAAUUUACGGCAGCUCUCCAGGCCUUUUACAGCAGGUAACUUGGCCUGUUAAAUGAAAACGAUGAAGAUGUGGGAUGGAAUAACAAGGCAUAGAAACAAAGAAGAAAAGGGAGCUCCUUGCUUUGAGAAACGUUAACUGUGACUUCAGGCACAGCUGUGGCCAGAAGCAGAAGGCAGCCAUUUAGCCCAUCAUGGCUGUGUGUCGGGCAUUGGAGAGGCCCACUACUCUGGCCCUCCUUAUUGGUUUCCAGUUUCUAUUUAUUGUCUACUUUUCUGUUGGAGGCUUUCCCAGCUUUUCCUCACUGUUUGGAUGGAAUGUUGGGCCCACAUUUGAUUAUUCAUUGACCCAUGAUGUGUAUACUAAUUUCACUGAGAUCCACAGAGUAAUGGAAAGACCUGAACACAAGGAUGUCCCUUCUUGUCCUGAGCGGUCACCUUUUCUUUUGGGUCCCUUGACAAUCGUCUUCAGCAGUGUUCCCAGCAUGGAUGAGGUACAACGUAGAAACCCUUUUGUUCUCCCUGGAGGCAUUUAUCAUCCCUCAAACUGUGACGCUCGCAGUAAGACUGCCGUUAUUGUGCCUUACCGUAACCGUGAGCCACAUCUCCGACACCUUCUCUACUUCUUGCACCCUUUCCUUCAACGACAGCAGCUACAUUAUGGCAUCUAUAUCAUUCAGCAGGCUGGAAACUCUACAUUUAAUCGUGCAAAGCUGCUGAAUGUUGGUGUGAAAGAGGCAUUAAAAGAUGAGGACUGGGACUGCCUUUUUCUUCACGAUGUUGACCUGAUCCCAGAGAAUGACUACAACAUGUAUGUCUGUGACCCCUGGAAUCCCAAGCAUGUCUCUGUGGCAAUGAAUAAGUUUGGAUACAGGCUUCCCUAUGCCCAGUAUUUUGGAGGAGUGUCUGCAGUGACACCAGAGCAGUACAUGAAGAUGAAUGGCUUUCCCAACCAGUAUUGGGGGUGGGGUGGUGAAGAUGAUGACAUUGCUGCAAGAGUAAGGAUUGCAGGGAUGAAGAUUGUUCGCCCAUCUUUGUCAGUAGGCCAUUACAAAAUGAUCAAGCAUAAAGGAGAUACAGGCAAUGAGGAAAAUCCUCACAGAUUUAACCUUCUGGUCCGGACCCGUCAGAUGUGGUCCCAAGAUGGUAUGAAUUCAGUUUCAUACACCAUGCUUUCCAAAGUAGUAGAAGCACUGUAUACCAACAUCACUGUGGAUAUUGGUACAGAUCCCAGAAAAGUAAACCACAGUCAAAAUGUAGCUCAGCAAAAACAGAUUGCGGAAUCUGCUGCAGGUGAGGUGGCUGAGAAUGGUCCAGCAAAAAGUGAACAAGGAGGACCAGAUGAGCUACCGGAUUUUAAGACCCCUGAUAUGAUGAACUGGGAAGAACUUCGAGAGAAAGCCCUAUCCUGGGAAACAGAGGAGUUAAAUUCUGUAGCUGUGGAAGACAAUUUGGCAAAAAACAAAGCGGAAACUGUCAUUGUUGCUAUUGCUACAAAUAAAUCUGUUUCUAAUACAGCUUUACCAAAGUCACCAGCCAGGCUGCAAAGUCAUUUGCUGAAAAAGGGUUUGCUAGUUACCCAAGCAGCUGCUGCUGCUGGCAAGUUUUUGGGUCCUGCACAAAGGAUGGAUUCAAGAAAUGUAGCCAUGCAGCAAAGCCUUUCCCAAGGAGGUGAAAGAGGCAUAAAGGUGCAGUCUGAGGCACUAAGGAAGGCUGAUUCUGCAAUACUGCAGAAGGAUGAAGAAAGUAGAACUAUUAUUGCCAGAUCCAGAAUUGAACAGAUCCAGCCUGUUAAGGAGGUACCUGUCAGGGAGGUGAAGCAAGAAUCACCUGCUGAGCAUAAAUCAGGAGAUGCAAAGGUCAGGGCUUCUGUGCUGAGAGACAACCAGGCUAAGGGAGGAGCAAUAUUACCACAAGGAACCAAUGAAAGAAGACAUGUUCUGAGUAGGGACAUUAAAAGAAAGCUUUUGUUGAACUCUUAAGAGCGAAGAACAACACAGUGGUUUGGGUAGAAAUCAGACAAAGAAAAUUAUUUGCAACACUAUGUAAUUGUUGCUUGAAGGUCUGCAGCAUUCGUCUUGGGGGAGUGGAGGUAAUAGUGCUCUGAACCCUUAUUUGUGCCGUCACAUUUGAAGGUGAGAGUAGUCUGUAGUCUCAUUUGGAGUCUUAUUUAUUCCAUAAGUAACACACUGUUGUUAUGUUGCUGCGCAGACUUUGUUGGAGCUUAUGUCAUAGUCUCUUUUGUCAGCUUCAUAGUUUAGAUGAAACACCAGUAAGUUUCACUGCCUUGCACUUAGUGAGUGCUAAGAUAGAUUCUGACUACUCUGUAACCCUGAAUUGGAUUAAGCAAGUAAUAUGGGGACUGUAUGAACUCAUUUUAGUGAACCAAGUUCUAACUUCACGAAGAUGGCAUUUUGUCCAUCACAGUAAUAUUAUAGUUCUGGGUAGUUUAUAAACUGGAUCUGCAGUAUGUGUAAGUGUAGCAGUCAUUUUAAAAAUAUCCCCUCCCCAGAAGCACUACAUUUUCAGUCUCUUUGUGCACACUGCUUACAGUUUUAGAACAUUAUUAUAUGCAAGUUGAUCUUGCUGUUAAUAGCUUGGAUUGAUAUGAAUGCUUUCUGUGCAGAGUGGUGUGGGGAUAGAACUGUUUACACCAUAUAUUUUUGUGAAAGUCAGAAGACAAAUUUUGCUGCUAUGCCUGUGGUCUUGUGUGACUUCUUGGUUAAUGAGAACUACAGAAUGAAAGUGUGCCACUAAGACCAGUUGUAUGUGCAAGAGUCAUCUCAUCAGCCCUUGCACAUGGAAUUCCUUUGUAUUGUGCUAUAGGCAUUUCUGUAGUAUUCUGCACAGGUGAUAUCACUGCUGCUGUCUCUGAGUUUCAACUGCAUUGUGUCAUAGUUCAUGAGCUGCUUUCUUUUAAGUAGGACAGUUGUAUUUGAUUGGUAGUAUUGAGGACAUAGCAGCAGCUGUUUCUUAAUGGUACGAUUAUUGUUACACUAAAAGAUUGUGUGUGAAUAUGUAUUAUAUGCACAAAAUGGGCUGAUUCUCAAGGUUUUUGUAAUCUGUAUUCAAACUCUGCUUUGAAUGUUGUUCCUGGUACACAGGUGGUACAUCCUUUGUAGCAACCCCCUGUUGUAUGUGUAAUUUAUUAGCUGGAAGUGUACCAGCUGUGUGCCAUUAGAAAUAUUGGUACCUUUAGCACAGCAGUACAGCACUGGCCCAGAGUCACUGUUAAUAUUAAACUGCUGAUCUGAAGGUGAUCACCAUUUACUUGAAAGAAAAUAAUGUGUCUGAGAUGGGGCUGUAUUUAAAAAUAAUGUGUUGUGGUAGCUGCUCAAAAAAGAAAUGUGGUCCUUUCAUACAUUAGUCUGUGAACCCUGGAUCAGAUCUUAUACAGAUGAGUUUAAUAUUGUUUUUUAUCUUCAUAACCUUAUGUUUGUCUCAAAGUUUCACAACAGCAAUUAUUAAUUACUUCCUGGCUCAAGCCCUCAAGACUCUCAGUAUACUUGUUUUUUUCACUAAUGCCUUUUUUAGUAUCACUGAAUUUCAAAAGUGACAGCAUGUGCCCUUAGUUUCUUCGAGCUCUUUCCAAAUCAAGGAGGAGUCAUUUCCUGCUUUUUUGUUCACCGUCACUAGUAGGUUAUAAAUAUUCAAUGUUUUCUUUUAGUUUGUAAUACUUAAGCUUCUGAUUAACAGCUUCACAAAAAUAUUUAUAUGCAAACUGUGACCAAGUGGCACAAAAUGUUCUUUUUGGGCUAGAGAUAAAACCUUGUAUCUAGUGUAUGCACACAGCCAGAUAUUUUUUUGUGAAUUUACAUUUUCUUUGUGCCUCAUGGUUCAUAGAUAAGUUCUAAGGCUAGCUGCCCUUGAGGGCCAUUUUAAGCCUAGCCAAUUUCCCUUUGUGCUCAAAUUAACCUAUCCCAUUUGUUUAGAGAUUGGCCUUAUCCAUCCCAUGGUCGAUAAUUAUGUAUUUUUCCUAAUGAGAGUAACUGGGAUCAGACCAUAGAUAAUUUAAAGGGACACGUGCAUUUGAUAAAGGAUUUAGAAGGUGCCUGUAUCCAUUAGUAGUACAGGGGGCAGUCCUGGAGUAUAUUUUCUGUUCCCUAUCCAUAGAUAUAAGUUGCGCUUGAAUAUAGACAGGGAUGAACUUUGCUUUGUGUGGAUAAAGAAUCUAGUCCAGAACAGUGGUAUCCUUGCAAGAUGUACCCGUCCCUCAAACCAUUCUGUUGAUGUUGCAGAAGAGGUUUGUAUCUGUAGACCGAGUAUUUCUUACUUGCUGACAUGCAGUAAAUCCAUCAGUAAUGGGUCAAAGAAUGCCUUGUAUGUCAGACACAGAAUUACUUCUUCGCAGUCUGUAGGAUACCGAGUAUAGUGAGAUGUCUUUUUAGCAUAUUCAUGCAUUAAAAAUCAUGUUGCAAUCUUGUCAGUUUGCUUGCUCUUGCUAUCCACAUUUUACUUCACAGCCGUUAGUGUUCAUAAAAAGUACUGUGCAUGUGAGACCACCAUGGUAUAAUCUUUCAUCUGUAUGAAUUCCAAGUAUACUAAGAAAGUUCACUUCAGAACUUUACUGACAAGGCCGUGCCUUUGUGGUAUAGAAUUCUGCCUGAUAGCAAUGACGUAAUCUAGAAGACUAGAAAUACAGGCAUUCAUUUUCAACAAGCCGUAUAGCUUCUCAACAACACAGUUUCUUUAAAAGCCAGUUCCAAUUUUGUGACAGAUGUUAUUUCUCUUCCAUACUUAGUGUUUCCUAAAAACAGAAGAAUAAGGGGAAAAAGAUGGACAGUGUGCUAGGCAUCUUAGCACUUUAGAUUUUCUAUCGGGGCAGUUAUUUUUACUUAAAUCAAGCAGGACUUGUCCCAUCAUGAAACAGAUCUUUAUCCCAGGUAGUUCAGCAGUUGCAUAUUUCCUGAUAAGACAUUAUCAUCAAUGCCCAUUUUCUACAUUGGGUCAGGGUGUUGCAUCAGCUGUUGCCAUCUCUCUCAAUUCAUUGCCGUUUUCAUGCCUUCUUCAAAAUUCAUGCCUAACUGCCACAGAUCUUCUCUCACACAAUGAAGCCAUCUCUUUGGUGGAAACCCUUGUUUCCUCUUGCCUGCUUCCUGUCUGUCCCAAAUCCUCUUCUGCUUUCCUGCAAAUGCGGCUGAACCAUCGUAGUGUGUUCUCUUUGACCUUUCAAAGACAAUGUGACAAUUCCCUUGAGGGAUGUUUAUGCCUUAUUACCUUAGAUUAUUGUGUGCUUCUCAAAUUUUCUUCAAAAAUGUUUUAAGUUGUAAGAUUUUUAAAGUAAUUAUUUGGGAAGGAAUGAACAACUUUAUUAAACAUGAUCAACCAAAUUGUGUUUCUGGACAUAAAGGGUUUUGUCUGAGCUAUUCUGAAUUGACUACUUUGAUGUUUUCCACCUCCUUGACUAUGUUUUGGGCACUGCUACAGUAUGUUACUGAUUGUUGCAGUACUCCUUGAAGCACAGUAGCAUAGCUGAGUGAGAUACUUUGCUCAAUGAUUUAUCUUUUAGAGGAUUGCAGCACGUGCACCCCCCCCCCCAAAAAAAAAAAAAUUCUGUACAAAUCUCUCACUAGUGCAUAACUUGAUUUGUGUUCUCAUCUGUGCAACCCUUCUAAAAAAAGGAGCUUUGCUACAAGAAAUGCAGCAGCAUGAAUCUGAAGAGUGUCUGGUGUGCAAGACUGACAAAAGUUCUGGAUCAGAGCUGUGGAUGCUUGAGGAAAAAUUUGAGACCAAAAGAGGAAAUAAUACCCGCGUUACUGACUACUGCAUUACGCUUUCAGAACACCAUUAAAAUGGAUAUGCACAAUUAUACUAAUGAUGUUUCAAAUUAUACAGUUACCUUCAAGUGAUACGACAUUGAAAGAAACACCAUGCAGCUUGAGGGUUGGGACAUAUUGCUUGUUUUUUGAAGGAGUAUAGCUCCCCCUAUAAUUCUCUACUUGUACAGUUUUAAACAGCUCUCAGAGAUUGCUGCCUUUUGUAAUCUCAGACUAAAAGGUUUGCUUUUAGCAAAAAUGCCAUUUUAAUACUGUUAAAAGUUGUUUCUGAAACUACAAAUUCAGUGAAUUGUGUAUCAAAUUGUAAUAUUGUUUUCAACCUUCGAAACUAGGUUUUUGAUGUAAAUUACUGUUUUGCAGUUUAACCUCUUUUAAUGAAAACUUAGUCUUGUAUUACUGAGGUAAAACGGUAGAGUGUGUGUGUGUGUGUGUUUAAUAUGUAUAAAUAUAUGCACGCACACACAGGCCAUGUAGUACGUGUUUACCUGUAUAGUAUGCAUAUGUGUUUGAAGGAAUUACACUGAGUUUAAUCCCAAACUGUCUGCUGGCGGGUUCCAGCACUGGUAGUAGUAAGCAAGAGGUAGAGGGAAAGUCAUUAAAUAGAAAUACUGCUGAUAUUAUCAGUAAAGUAAAAGGGAGGAAGUGAACUUGGGAUUCUUUUUUCCCACCUUUUUAUUUUUUAACAGCACACACA